AUGGAGCAGUCCCUGGGAGCAGAUGAACCGAGUCCCUGUACGAGGAUAAUCGAUGCCCUAGAAGAAGAAAAGCAGUUCCUGACCAUGUCAAUCACAGAUUACCUGAAGGACUAUCAAGAACUACUGCAGGUGAAAGCAGGCCUCAUCCUGGAAAUUGAAACCUACAGAGCUUUGUUAGAAGGGGAGAGCAACCAGUGGAUUAUUUCAUGGAGAGAUCAGCAUACAGGGAAAUUGCCUCAAGAUAUUAUAAACACUUCAUAUAACUACACUGAUACUUACUCUACUUAUCAAGAAAGAAAUAGAAAUAAAGCUUCACCAACUAUCAGGAUCACUGAUACAAGACAUAGAAUGCCACUGACAAAUACUAGCAGUUCUGCACGUUAUUCAGCUCAGUCAACACAGGCUGGAUCACAGAAAACAGCUAGUGGAAGAGCUUUUGGAAGAGAUGUACUAGGUUCAAUAUAUCGCCCUUCAACAACUGUUAGAAAGGACGAAAGGAUUGUAACAGACCACAAAGAAUUAAGAACAUUUACUCCAGCCUAUAGUAGCUGGAAAAACACUGAAAUGCAGCAAAAGACAAUUCCAGAAAGAAAGAAAACAGAAGUUACAACUUCAUCCACAGUAUCUUUUUCAGAAGAAUCAGCACAUGCUGAAAGAUCAGACAAGGACCACAAGCCUGACACGAAGCCAGGGAUUUCUGAAAAUACAAGAACAAAACCAAGCUUCACUAGAUUUCCGACUUACGAGCUGAAUACCAAUUUUAAACCAUCUAAAUAUGAAGAAACCAUAACUGAAACUCAGACCACACUAAAAGAAAAAAAAGGAGGCAGCAAACCAACUGAAGAGAAAAAAUCUCUGCUGAAAGAAAAAGAUAAGCUAGAGAAACAAACAAAGGAGGAGAAAAAGAAAACUGAUGAGAAACCUUUUUCAGAAGAAAGAAGUCUUGAUUUUGGAAGGAAGACUGAGCAGAAAAAAUAUAUCCAUGAGGAAGUAAUUAACCAGAACUUAACAAGAAGUGAUAUUUCUAAUGCAAGAACUUUGAAAAGCGAAUCAACCAAAAAAGAUACAAAUGUGACCUUGGAAUCAAGAAGCAAAGAAGUCAUUGAGAUACCUAUCAGUGUUGAAAUGCCUGCUCCUGACAAAGAAUCUCAGAGUAAUAAAGAAAUAAGGUUACAAGGUUUUAAAACUUCCAUAGGAAGAGAAACAGAUGACCAUGUAACUAAGCCUGCUGAAAUUCACAAAGUGAGUAUUUCAGAAGCAGAAUCCAGUCUGAAAGAUGAAAAGCGAAUUAGUGAUAGAAGUAAUAAAAUGGGAACUCUGUCAACUGAAAAUAUAGCAGAGAAUAUUGUUGCUGACAUUCUUAAAAGUUUUACGCAGCCUUCUGGUUCACAAAUAUCAACAGACACAAAAGUGACCUAUUUUAAUAAGAAAGAACAACCAGGUGAUGGGAAAAUAAAGACUGAGAUCACAGUGCAAUCUCAAGUUCAAGAAAAUAUAGAUAUUUCUGAUGAAGCUGACGUAGGAGGUCUAUCAAACCAGGAUGUCAGAAAAGUUGUUCAAGAGGGUGUUGAGGGAACUCCUUCCAAAGAGGAGAUAGAAGAUAUAGUACAUCAUGGCCUGAAAGGAAAUGAGGGCAGAAAGAACAUGUCUGUUAAUGUUGAGAUUGUAGAGGAGCCACUAGAUUAUGCCACUGAUGAAAGGACUGAUUUUUCAACACCUUUUGAAGUAGAGGAAGUGGAAGAUACAUUCCCUGAGAGAGAGGCGCGUUACGGUGAUGAGGAGGAACAAAACAUAACGUUCACGUAUGAAGACGUUAAAAAGAAGAAACAACGCCAUGAGAGUUUCACUCAUGUGGAAGAAGUAACUGAGGAAGAUGACUCACCUAUUGAGCAAAAAUAUUUUGUAUCUGUUCCUGAUGAUCAUCCUAUUAUUAAUGAAAAAGACGAUGACUCAGUAUAUGGGCAAAUUCAUAUAGAAGAAGAAUCAACUAUUAAAUAUUCUUGGCAAGAUGAAUUUUUACAAGGCACACAAAGUAAGAGAGAUGAAGGUGUAAGCUCUCCAGAAGAAACAUAUCAAGUGGUAGGGGAGGAAGCCAGUGCCCAUAUUUUAAAAGAGCAUCCUGAAGCUGAAACAUCCCAUGUUGAAUCCAUUGUUAUUGAAAAAGAAAUUAAAAUUCCUCAUGAAUUUCAGACUUCAAUAAAAGGGCUUUUAUCAAAGGAAACGAAGGACCCUAAACAUCAGUUGAAGGAAGCUUUAGAGCAGUUGGAGAGCAGUCUCCCAGAAAGUGUGAAAGAGGAGCUGUCUGCAUUAACAAAAGAAAAUCAAGCUGACUCUAGUAGUUUAGAAUUUGAUAUCAAAAAAGUUGAUCAAACAGAGGAGGGUGGCUUGGUGACAAUUGUUGCUGAAGUCAAUCUGUCACAGACCCUUAAUACUGAUGAAUUUGAUGUAGCUCAGCUUGGUGAAAUAAUUGCAAGUGAGAAGGAGCGGGCAACAUUGCACUCCCAGAAAGAAGAGCGCUCGGAGAGAGUUGUUGAUGGUAGAAGCAAUAUAGAAGUAGAUACUUCUUCCCACGGUGAUAAAUACACUCCUUUGGCUGAUCAAGAAAACUAUAACUCAUCCACAAUGAGGAGGAGUGGGGGCGCAGGGUAUCAUACCACUGAAAAAGUUAUUUAUGACGGUUCAGUUUUGGAAACUGCGGAUUUUGGAUUAGUCUCUCACUCACCACAAUCAACUGAUGAGACCAAAUCCACAAGGCAUAUUAAGGUUGGUCCAGCAGAGGUUCAGAGAUUUGAGCAGAUCGUAUAUGAAGGGCCUGGUUCUGAAAUGCUGGAGCUCAGUGCUACAGAAGAUCUUGUUCAGACAGAAGGAUUGUCAGAGUUUAGCCGAUCUGUGAAGCAUUUUAAACUGGGUCCUAAAGAAAUCCAAACCACAGAAGAAGUAAUUUAUACAGGCCCUAUUACUACAACUGUAGAAGAGAUUGGUUCUGGAAAUCUUUCUCAGAAGUUUUCAACAGACUUCAACAGGUCCACAAGACAUGUCACAGUAGGAUCAAGGCAAGUAACUGAAGAAGACUCUUUUGAAGGGCCUGUUUCAGACUCUCUGGAGCUCAAUAGCUCAGGUAACCUUUCUCAGACAGAAGGGUCUGUGGAUGUCAGCAGAUCAAUAAGGCACUUUAGAUUAGGUCCAGAAGAUAUUCAUACUGAGCAAGUUAUCUUUGAAGGACCAAUCUCCGGUAAAGUGAAGGUCAGUGACACUAGAGACUUCUCACAGGCAGAAAGUUCAGUCAGACACAUUCAAUUGGGUCCCCAAGAGUUUAUGACAGCUGAAGAAAUCAUCUACCAGGGGCCUGUCUCUGAGCACACAGAAAUCAGUGAACUGAAAGACCAGACUCUUUCAGAACGCUCAAUAAAGCAUGUUAGACUAGGUCAAGUGGGAGUUAAAACCACUGAACAAAUCAUAUAUCAGGGCUCCCUUUCUGAAAUUCCAGAGCUCAUUAACAAAGAAGGACAUCUUUCAGAGAAUGAAGGAAGCUCAGAUACCAAUAGAUCUUUCAGGCACGUUAAAAUAAGUCCUGCAGAAACUCAUGCUGAGCAAAUAAUCUUUACGAGACCUGUUUCUGAAACGCUGGAAGAUCCUUCACAAACAGAAGAGUCAUCUGAGAGCAGUAGGUCUGUAAAGCAUAUUAAAGUAGGAUCCAAGCAAACAUCUUUUACUUUACAAAUGGAUGUUUCCGGUAUGGGUGGAAUAUCUACAGUAAAAAGUGGAGAAAAGCAAGCAACAAUGCUCAUAUCCAACAAUCAAGACCCUUCUGUUAGUCAGUCACAGACUGUCGUUGAAAGUGACCAGAUUGUAGAAAACGAAAAUAAAAGAGGCGGCUAUGUUCUCUCCAGUUUUUCUCAAGAUCAUGGUGAAAAGGUCGUGGAAAAGUCAUUUUUUGAUAAAACUGUACAGUUGCAAAGAAUGGUAGACCAAAGGUCGGUUAUUUCUGAUGAAAAGAAGGUCGCUCUUCUCUAUCUGGACCAUGAGGAGGAAGAUGAUGAUGAUAAUGAUAAUGAUGGACAGUGGUUCUGAAAGGACUCUUUAAUGAAGUCUACUUAGUAAUUUGUUUAUACGUAUUUUUGAUUAUCCUUUUUUUAAAGAGAGGAAAAAAAGGGAUGGGGAAACACUCAAACUAUUUAGAUUAUUAAUAGCGGACUGAGAAGUACUGAAUCUAAGCCUCUACCUAUUCAGCACACUUUUUACUUUAUUGGAAAUUUUAUUUUUGGGAGAAAUGCUAUUAAUGUUUUUCCUCAGAGACUUGUGUCCAAUACUUUCAGAUUUUUCCACCCAUAGAGAGGAAUUUGCUACUGGGGAAUUCAAUGGAUUAUAUUUUUUGUUUGUUUUACAGCAGGUCAAUUAGUAAGUGUGUGCUUGAAUAGGACUUUUCCUUUUUUUUUUUUUUUUAAAUACUGUAUUGUACUUGGUUACUAAAAUAUUCAGCAACUCUAUUUAAAUCUCAAGCUACUAACCACAAAUAUAACAGAAUGUAAGACUAAUGAGAGUGGUAGGUAGCUGAUUUUCAGUUCCAUUUCUGUGUACUUAUAUGCAAUACCUAAUGAAAACAUUUUAAGAUACAGUUAUGACAGCUAUAAAAAUAAAUACAAGCAUAAUAAGCAUAGCAAAAUUGACAAAAAUGAUAUUAUUUGUAUAGCUAGAAUGCAGUGCAAAAAAGAAAGAGGUAACACUGAAGCAAGAAUUUCUCACAGUAUUCCUAAUGAGAAAUAGUGAUUUUUAUGGUUAGACAGUAGUACAUUUAAUAUCUUUAAAAAGAAAACAAAUUUUAAAAAUAGGCUGGAUAGUAUUUCCGCUGAAGUAAGGAGAACUCUUCACAGCUUCAGUGGCUAUGUACAUUAAUAAUAUCAACUUAUUUUGCAAUAUAUGGGUUACCUUAAUACUAGGUAUUGCUAAAGGUAAGUGUGAAGUGCUAAACGUUAUUACAUAAUGCCUAAUUUCUUAACACAGUGAAAUUAGCUAGUAUGUGUUCUGUUCUGAAGAAAACUUGUAAAAAUGGCAUUCAUGACACUUAGAUCAUUGUGUGUCAAGUCAUUUCCAGAUAAUCCUUUCUUUGUUUACGAAUGAGAAGAUGCCCUUUUCAAUUACUAGCCCUGCAAACCCAACCUGAGGUUUGAAUUUUCCUUCCCCCCUCCCCCCCCCUUCUUUUUUUCUGGUUGUAACAUUUGCCUCGGGCCAAAGUUAGUUUCUACUUAAAUCAUCUGAAAAUAAGCUAAUUUCACUUGGAUUGCACAUUGGUUAAAUGAAGUACAUAAUUUAACUUUACGAUUAUAAUUCAGUGACUUCGAAGUCCAGAUCAGAAGCCAGCACCACUAAACUGUACUAAACUGUGCAGUGCUAGAAGAAGCGAAAAUAGCAGUCAAAAUAUUUUUGUCACUGGGGUAAGAAGAUACCAUACUGGACACAUAUGAGAAAUAAGAUACACAAAUGAGAAGCUGC